AUAAUUGAUAUUGCAUAGCAGUUUAUGCUUCACUAUCAGUUUAUGUGCGGUUGGGACCAAACUCCUUUGGUUUGCAAAAUAAGUGGUGACCACUAGUUGGCGACCCGGAAAACUUUCUGAAGACGACACAUCACAAGAAUGGACGUCCGUUUCAGUGGAAGAUCUCGAGCUGUCCUUCUGUUGGCGUCUGCUCUUUGUUGCGCCGUCGGCGCCUUUCUACCCGCAACUCCUCUUCCAUCAUGUGGUCGCAUUUCGCAUCUUAAAUACAGUGACCAAACGGAAUAUCAGGAGGUAAAUGAUUCUACAAAAGAAGUCCUGUUACAGCUGGUGCAGAGUACUCCGCCAAAUGCACCCACCCCUGCCUACAUGACAAAUGAGAUUCUCCGCGUAGUACGACAACUCGAGGAAGAAUGCCCUACUCCAGAUGACGAAGUCUUGUCCGAGCUUGCUGGUAAUUGGGAACUCAUUUGGACUACCCAAGAUAAAACACGACCCGAAGCAAAGCGUUCUCUAGGCCGUUCUUGGAUCAAUCCUCUCGAAAACCAGUCCUAUAGCAACAAUCCGGAGGGAAGAUCCAAUCCUUUCUUGCCUCGUCCUAUCCAACAUCGCUUGGAAAAGUUAGGUCUCGUUACUAAUGCUGCUGUCGUACAGAGUACGCAAGCGGUGGAUCUUAAGAAGCAAAAGGUCAGCAACGUCGUGGCCUUCGGUCUAGCCCGGGUGCGCCAACGCGCUUCCUUGACCGUCAAAGUUGCUUUCCGUCCGAGCACCAUUGAUGUUCGUCGUAUCGACGUCAAAUUUGAAUCUUGCCGUAUCAAGCUCCCCGGCACUCCAAUUGACACUACUAUUCCACUGGGUCUUGCUGGACCCAUCGGAUGGCUCCAAACAAACUAUAUUGAUGAGAAUCUUAGGAUUACAAGGGGUCAUAAAGGAUCCGUGUUUGUCCUGAAACGCCCCCGCCGAGCGACGGUGUAGUUAGCUUGCCUUUUUUAAUUAUGCAUACGGUGGAAUACAGUUUGCAGACGCAUCAGUCCUGCCCCUGCUUCCCAACGCAGAUCAUAGCUUUCGACAGAAGGCGUUUGCUUGAGCCAUUCAGGUACAAAAUACUUUCUUGUGCUUUGACCCAACAAUCCAAUAAAAAGCAUCUCUUGCGACGCGAUCCAUUUUGCGAGCUCUUCAUGACUCUCCAUUCCAGCCAAAUCCGAUGGUGUACAUUUAUCAGAAUCCGGUCCAAUUAGUUGUAAAUCGAUAUCACAUUCUGAAUUUUGCAUUUC